AUGACAAAUUUUUGGGGGAAACCAUUUGUGUUUUUGAGCGAGUCAGUUUUGACUCCCCCGCACGGUUUGGCGACCAUUUCAAGACUUGCAUCGCAGUUUCAGUGCAAAUCAAAUGCUGAUUUGCUGAAAUCUGUCUAUAACCAGGCUGCGUUGUCGGUCAAGUCUCAAGCGAGUUUAUUUCAAACCACAACAAAGUUCAAGCCUGCACAGCAUCGAGACUGGCUGAAAUCUAUAGCAGAGUCGGUGACCGAUACAAUUCAAUUCGAAUCGUCUUCUGACCGUGCUAACUUUCUGGCGGCAUUGCCUAACGAGCUGGGCAAAGUUCGAAAUUAUGCGGUGCCCGAUUCAGUGCGUCAAUUCAUCGAUACGCUAGAGUCUCAGUCCAUUCUGUGGGGCCUUGUGGCAAACGAGGGACCUUUGUAUCCUGCAGUUUUGAAAUACGUCGGUGUAAAGCCGUUCUGUACAGUGAUGGCCCGCGAGGGUGUAUUCAAGCCGCUGCCCAUAACGUUUCAAAAGGCGUGGCAAAAGGUUCCGAGAGAGUCCCGUAAAAACAUAUGGUACGUUGGAUCUGCCGAGGUUCCUUAUGAUAAUGUGUAUGUGGAAGGGAUGCGAUGUGUUCUUCUAGGGUCUGUUUCGGACGGCCCUGCGGGCUUGAACCGUUCUCAUACUCGCAUUUCAGCGCUUGAGGAGCUGCAUCCACAAUUAUUCCAAACAGCCCCUGAUUUAUCCGGCUAUGAAGAGGAUUACGACGAUGACGGCUCGGUCGUUCUUACCUCGUUCAAGCCCAAAAACGAACUACUACCGCUCGGCGAAAAGGACCAGAGCUUGGCUGAUUUGCAUAAAAAAUAA